AUGAAUCAUGAACAUUACCAUUCGCGUAUCGACUUUGUUAAAUCAAUUCUCCAGCUCAAUCAUCUAGAAGCGACGAGCAUUGAGCCAGUCGAAUAUGACAUGGACGGCCCCCCGUUUCCCUACAACAAUUUCAUCUACCUUGUCACUCUUCCAUCGCCGACAACCACAACGAUCAAGAUCAAAUCUUCCCAGUUUGCUGAAUUCCAACCAGGCACUGUGCCAUUCCCAGCGAAUGCUACGUCCCUGAUUUUCAGACUCGCGAAUUCCCAUCCAGGAACUGGAUUAAAUAACACCAACCGUAUUGAAAAUGAAGUCGCCUUUAUGACCCUCGUCCGACAGGCGCUUGCGAAGUCCAAAUACAGUCAUAUUGUUCCAGACGUAUACACUUGGGCUGGCACAUCUAGUGGUCAGGGUUUUAGUAUACAGCAAUACAUGCAUGGGACCAUGCCUGACAGAGGAUUCGAGGAUUUGACUCUGCAGGAUAAAUCAGUUGUGCUCGGACAAAUGGCCGAUAUCCUAGCCCUACUCCAGCAGUUCAAGAUUCCAACGACAGUGGAUAGAUUCGGAGGACUGAAGUUUGAUGAAGAUGGGAAGGUUGUCAGCGCGCAGAUGACUUUAUUCAAGGGCGAGCCUUGUACAACUUACAAGGACCUCUUAAGCGCUAUAUUCAAAGUCAAGUUUCAAGAAGCUGAUGAGAACCCUGUGAUCCGAGGUUGGAGAGAGAAUGGUGUAAGAGCGAAACUUGAAAAUUUUAUCGUUUAUAGACUUAAAGAGACCUUAAAGGAUUAUAAGGACGUCCGGAGAGUUCUCGUUCACUCUGAUUUUACAACAAAUAAUCUCCUCUUCGAUGCCACCACUCUUCAGGUGACUGCGCUACUGGAUUUUGACUUCUCUUAUAUUGGGACAGUCGCAGAUGAAUUCAUGGGAUUCUCUUUUGGUAAUAUAUCAGGUGGUAAACUUCCAGGACCAUAUGAAAGCCCAUCUAAUCUCAACCUUCGCAAUGCAAUGCUCAGGGGCUUUUCAAAAUCUUGCCUAAAUGCGGACUGCUCAGAGGUCCAAUGGGAUGUAGCAAAAGCUUGGGACGAGGAGCUCGCCCGGGCAGGUGCAGCAAGGCCUCACACUAUCUCACACUUUGAGCAAAUCGCAGAUAUUUACUGGCUCCAGGAUAAAGUAAGUCCCUUCGAAUUAGAUAGCCCAUUCAUGAGGAUGCGCAAGACUGCGGAGCAGCUCAAGGCGGCUCGGGAUGAGACGGAGAGCCUGAUUGUUAGGUUCUUGGAAUGCACGAGCGCACCCUCUGAUGGCGUACUGUGA